ACCAAGCGAAUCAUCUUGGAAAUGGAUAACAACACCAGCGUCAGUGGAGGGGGUGGGGACUCCCACCCACCCCAGCAGCCUCCUCAAAUGUUUGGCAACCGUCCCCCCAUGAUGAUGCCGCCAUUUGUGCCACCAAACCCUAAUAUGCCCCCACCUCCGUUCGGCAUGCCCCUGCCGGGCCAGUCGGGCAACAACCCUGGCAAUCCCGGCAUGAUGAACCCCCGCCUGCCCCCGCCCAACUUCGGCGGCCCCAAUAUGCCCCCCAUGGGCAUGCCCCCAGGCGGCAUGCCCCCGGGGUUCCCCGGUGGUAUGCCGCCAGGGGGCAUGCCCCCCAUGAGCAUGCCCCCGGGGAUGUUUCCCCCGAACAUGGGGGCCUUCAACAACAGGAUGGGGGUGCCGGGGGGCAUGGGCGCACCUGGAACCAACACGGCAAAGGACGACGACACAGACACGCCCAAAGACGGAGAGAAUCAGCUGAGCGAUGGAGCUACUCAAAAGUCAACUUCGGCCACCGGCUCCAGUACACCGACAGAUGCAUCGUCGACACAAUCAGCGGCUGGAUCAGAGUCUAAGCAAGCCAAGAAGACCAGCUGGGCCGAGCAUAAGGCACCAGACGGAAGGACCUAUUACUACAACAGCGUCACCAAACAGUCCUUGUGGGAGAAACCGGACGAGUUGAAGACACCGGCGGAGCUGCUCUUGUCACAGAGUGACUGGAAAGAGUACAAGUCAGACACGGGGAAGGUCUAUUACUAUAACUCCAAGACCAAGGAGUCCACGUGGACAGUCCCCAAGGAGUUGGAAGAACUCAAAGCUAUGAUUGCUGUGAAGCAGCUCGACAAGGAUUCGGAGCCUGAAAAUAACAGUUCGGCAGCAUCGGAAGACGAUCAGAAGUCCGAUUCAGCCACUGAAAAGACCCAAGAAACCACGGCAACGGAUACAGCCACCAGCAGCACGGCCACCAGCGUGCCGCCCAACCUGGCGGGGAUGCCCCCCAACAUGGCCGCCGCUGCCGGUGGCGGCAUGCCCCCCAACAUGGCCGGCAUGCCACCGACCAUGGCAGCCGGCGGCGUGCCACCCAUGAUGGGUAUGCCCCCCAUGAUGGGCAUGCAGGGCGGACCCAUGACGGCCAUGCCGGGACCCAUGAUGGGGUUCAUGGCCACACAGCAGCAAGGGGCAGCAGCCGCGACGGGCAGCGGGAGCGCGGUGGAGACCGCCGAGAACACGCCCAAUACAAACGUCACAGAGGAUGACGCAGACAGCUCCAGCGAGUCCAGACCCAACACUCCAGACGUCAAGGAGGUGGUUUAUGCCACCAAGGAGGAAGCUAAGGAGGCCUUCAAGGCACUGCUGAAAGACAAGGGUGUUCCCUGCAAUGCCAACUGGGACACAGCGAUGAAGAUGAUUGUCAACGACCCCAGAUAUAAGGCUCUGGCAAAAUUGAGUGAGAAGAAACAAGUUUUCAACCAGUACAAAGUGCAACGAAGCAAGGAGGAAAAGGAGGAGCAGAGACUGAAAGCCAAGAAGGCCAAAGAGGAUCUCCAGCAGUUCCUGGAGACCCACCCCAAGAUGAACUCCAACGUCCGAUACCGAAAAGCGGAGAUGCUCUUUGAGGAGGAAGAGCUCUGGAAGGCAGUGCCUGACCGCGACCGGCGCGACCUGUACGAAGACGUGGUCUUCUACCUGAGCAAGAAGGAGAAGGAGGAAUCCAAGGCGCUGAGGAAGCGGAACAUCGAGGCCAUGAACGCCAUCCUGGACAGCAUGCCCAACGUCACCUUCCGCACCACCUGGACCGAGUGCCAGCAGCACCUGAUGGAGAACCCGACGUUCGCCGAGGACGAGGAGCUGAUGAUCAUGGAUAAGGAAGACGCUCUGGUCUGCUUCGAGGAGCACAUCAGACAGCUGGAGAAGGAGGAAGACGAAGAGCGAGACAGGGAGAAGAUGCUGGUCAAGAGAGGAUACCGCAAAUGUCGGGAGGGAUUCUUGGUUCUCCUGGACGAGCUCCACGAGCGGGGCCAGCUGCACUCCAUGUCGCUCUGGAUGGACCUCUUCCCUGUCAUCAGCUCGGAUCCUCGCUUCAACAGCAUGCUGGGAAACCCCGGUUCCACACCUCUGGAUCUCUUCAAAUUCUAUGUUGAAGACCUGAAAUCGCGCUUCCACGAUGAGAAGAAAAUCAUCAAAGACAUUCUUAAGGAUAAAAAUAUGACGAUUGAGAUCAACACAACGUUUGAAGAUUUUGCAACCACCAUCAGUACUGACAAGCGGGCAUCGACGCUGGACGCCGGAAACAUCAAGCUAACGUUCAACAGCCUGAUAGAGAAGGCGGAGGCGAGAGAGAAGGAACGACAGAAGGAGGAGGCCCGGAAGCAGCGGAGGAAAGAAGGAGCAUUCAAGUCCAUGCUCAAGCAGUCGGCCCCGCCGCUGGAUGUCGGCUCCAACUGGGACGACGUUAGGGACCGGUUUGUCAACGAGUCGGCUUUCGAUGGCAUCACCGUCGAGUCAGAGAGGAUCCGAUUGUUCAAGGAGUACAUCCAAGCACUUGAGGAAGCUUGCGCCCACCACCAUUCCAAGGCCAGCUCCCGGAAACAUUCCAAGCAGAAGAAGAAGCACAGAAGCCGCCGUUCCAGAUCACGCUCGAUGUCCGAGUCGGACGACGACCGCAGCAGGCGGCGCUCCAAGAAGAAGAAACGGUCACGCUCAGCGUCCCCAUCGGAGUCCUCGGAGGAGUCGGACAUCAGCAGCAAGCGCUCCACCUCCAAGAAGCACAAGAAGAAGGUCAAGAAAAGCAAGCGCAGACGCUCGCCUUCAACAGGAUCAGAAUCGGACGUCAAAGAAGUCGCCCAUCAGCCUUCACAGCCCGCCGCCCCCCAGCCUCGCAAGCAGGCUCCGCCCCCUGCACCAGUUGAGACGCCGAAAAAAGAAAAGACUGGCUGGGACACAUCGGAGAGCGACCUGAGCGAAGGGGAGCUUGAGCAACAGCGGCGAGCUCUGCUGAAGCAACUCGCCGAGAACCACUGAGAAAUGACUCGCUGCAUCAAAGGUUCUAAGGUCGUGCAUAUUCAAUGAGGUGAGGGGUCACCAGCAAUUUUGUGAGUACUUCAAUCAGUUCGUACCUGUUGGUAUUGCCAUCAGCAUUGGGCGACCGAGGCUAACUUCCAACAGAGGUUAAAGUUUGUGCCCUUAGGUCAAAGGUCAAGGUUAACUGUAAUGCGAGCCCGUGCAGAAAUAAAGCGAGACUUGAUUUUUAAGAAAGGAGUGGUAGUGACUGCGGCCAUUUCCCAUAGAUGUAUGUGUUAAUCCUGGCCCUAGCCACUUGAGUAAAGACACUGCCAUGGCUAAGGCUGUGCCGUGACCUCUGAACUGUCUUACAGAUGUAAAUAGUCAUUAUGUUAAUAGGAAUGACCAAGGGACCGACGGUCAUAGUAGCAGGACCAGUGCACAGAAAACGUUCAUGCUCUGUGUGACUUUUUUUCAAAUUUUCCUUUUCCGACAAACUCACUCCAGUCAACGGAAGUUUUCUCUUUACUGUAAAGCGUCGAUUGCAUUUCUAUGGAGAUACGUUUGGUGUGAAAACGUGUACUUUGUAAUGUUCUUAAAAUUUGAAUCAAGCCGAUCGACCGUCUUGCACUUCAUGCAGCAGAUUUUAAGUGACUUUGAUUUAAAAGAAUCAUUCAGGUCACACAGGUCUGCCCUGUCCUCCCCAGCCAUGCUUGAAAUAAUCAAAGACGACACUGCGCAAUUUCAUUAAUCUUGUCCCAGACGAUAAAGCUCAGCAUGAGUACAUUUCUGUCUUUGAAGUAGUGCUUAAUGAAAGGGCCUGGACAGUCCAGUGUUGUAGUUGAGACCACUUAAGACCUUCACAAGACCAACACAAGACCUCCAGUCUCGAUUCAAGUCAC